AUGAGAGGAAAACAAAAAAAUGAUAAAAAGAAGCCUGUAUGUGUUUUGAAAAAUGAGAACGAUGUAAAAAUAAAAAGUCAGAAAAAGGAGAAAAAAAGCCGGUUGAAAUAUAGUGAUGGUGAGGAUAAUGAGGACGGGGCACCAGACGAGGUAACAUUCAAGGAGGGUCUCGAGAAAAUGCUCAACAAGAAAAAAAUUAUUAUGGAAAAACUUGAAGAUGACGAAGAAAGGUUGAAAGCAAAACGCAAACGACAGGAUGAACUCUACAAAGAACAAAAAAGAAAGAAGUUGAAUGAAUUGGAGGAAAUGAAGCUGCCUGAGGAAGUUCUCGAGAGUGUUCAUAAUGACCCGAAACAGUCAAAAAAAUGCAUAAAAAUAAAAAUCAGUGUUGAGGAUUUUGUGGAAGAGUUUUUUGAAUUGAAUAUUAGUGGUGCUACUGUAAUAGCUUUGAAUGCCGGCAGUGAUGAUGAGAUGGGAGAGGAUGAUGAAGACACGGCCAACAUGCAUCAGGACGGUGAGGAAAAUGAUGACAUGAGUGUUGCCGAUAAUGAGGAGGAUGUUAAUGAAGAUGUGGAUGAUGAAGAAGAAGAAGAGUUCAUUCCACUCUCGAAUAAGUUAGGAAGUGUUUCCCUUUUAUGCUCAUUAUUAUAA